AUGCCUUUCGGGCCUUGUACAUUCGGGGCUUCUCUCUCCUGCUGGCGAUUUAUUUUAUUAAUUUUCUUUCUGUUUCGUUGCCUUUCUACGUUUCUUUAUGUUUACCUUUUCUUACUUUGUAUCUGUCCAUCUUUCUUUCAUUGUUCGUUCAAUCACUCUCUUUAUUUCUAUAUUAUUCAUUAUUUAUUUCUACGUUUUUGUUCUAUCUAUCUAUCUAUCUAUCUAUCUAUCUAUCUAUCUAUCUAUCUAUCUAUCUAUCUCAGUCUGUUUAUAUCUAUCUCAGCCUAUUCAUAUCUAUCUAUCUAUCUAUCUAUCUAUCUAUCUGAAUCCCUAUUCUAUCUAUCUAUCUAUCUAUCUAUCUAUCUAUCUAUCUCAGUCUCUUCAUUAUCUAUCUAUCUAGCUAUCUAUCUAUCGCAAUCACUUCAUAGCUAUCUAUGCUUCUAUCUUAAUUACACCGUAUCUAUCUAUCUAUCUAUCUAUCUAUCUAUCUAUCUAUCUAUCUAUCUAUCUCAUUUUCUUCAUUAUCUAUCUAUCUAUCUAUCCUUUCUUUUCCUUUCCUUAUUUCUUUUAUUGGUUCAUCUAUGCUUUUUUUUCUUUUUUCUAUCUUUUUUUUUUGGUCUUUCUAAAAUUCGUUCCUGCUUUUUUUCUACGCCUUUCUUUCUUUUUAUCUUUUACUUUCUUUCUUUCUUUCUUUUUUCUUUCUUUCUUUCUUUCUUUCUUUCUUUUUAUCUUUUACUUUCUUUCUUUCUUUCUUUCUUUCUUUUUUUCUUUCUUACUUUCUUUCUUUCUUUUUAUCUUUUACUUUCUUUCUUUCUUUCUUUCUUUCUUUCUUUCUUUCUUUCUUUCUUUCUUCCAACAACGGGACGUGAUAAAAAUACUUAUCUCGAUCGUGCUUGGUUCAUUUUAUUCCUCCCUAUUGUACGAUUUUCUUUCUCUUCACUUAAAUUAAUGUCAACCUCGUACGCCUCAGCCCCUGCCAUCACACUUCGCAUACGAAGUUGUUUCAAGGUGUGUUCUUUGCCUUUCUUUCUUUCUUUCUUUCUUUCUUUCUUUCUUUCUUUCUUUCUUUCUUUCUUUCUCAACAACCCGCGUUUAUCAUUCUCUCUCUUUCAAUAUAAACUCAAAUACACGGCGGCUCUCUCUCUCUCUCUCUCUCUUUCUCUUUCUCUCUCUCUGAAUUUCUUUUAUUCUAUUUACCUCUCUAUCUCAAUUUCUCUCUCUACCUCUCUUUCUCUCCCUCUCGCGAUCUCAUUCUGUUUCGAUCGGCCUUUCUCUUAUUCUGUACCCUUUAUCCCAGUUGUUUUUUCUCUCUCUUUCUCUUUCUCUCUCUCUCUCUCUCUCUCUCUCUACCUUACUUGCUCUUUCUCUCGCUCAUUCUUUUCUCUCAGUCUCUACCUCUCUAUUUUUUCUCGCCCUCUCAUAAUCUCAUUCUGUUUCGAUCUGCCUGUCUCUUAUUCUAUUUCCCUCUCUAUCUCAGUUUCUCUCUCUCUACCUCUAUUUCUCUUUCUCUCACUCUCGCUAUCUUAUUCUAUCUCGAUCUCCCUUCCUCUUGUUCUAUUUACCCCUCUAUCGCAGUUUAUUUCUCUCUCUCUCCCUCUCUCUCCCUAUCUCUCUCUUUCGCUAUCUCAUUCUGUUUCGAUCUGCCUGUCUCUUAAUCUCUUUACCCAUCUAUCUCAGUUUCUCUCUCUCUCUCGUCCUCUUGUUCUCUCUCUUUUUCACUGUUUCUAUUUAUCAUCUUCUCAUUCUCUAUCGUUUUUUCUCUCUCUUAACUCCUCUCAUUCUGUUUUUAUUUAUUUUCCCCUUGUUCCACCCCUUCUCUAUAUGUCUUUUUCUUUUUCUUUCUCUCUUUCUCACUCUUUCUCUCUCUCUCUCUCUCUCUCGUACUUUCAUUCUCUUUAUUGCUCUCUCUAUUUCUAUUUAUCAUCCGUUCUCUACCCCCCCUCUCUCUCUCCUUGUCACUCUCUCUUAUUCUCUAUCACGUUUUCACUUUUCUUCUCUCUUAGCACUCUAUUCUCCCCUUUCAUCCACCGGCCAUUUUACAAUCUGCCAUAUUUUCUUUGGUUUCCUUUUAUCUGA